AUGGCACUUCAAUUCAUGCAAAAUAUGAAGAAGUCCUUCCUCGACAUACUGGCCGAUAUCGACUGGGAUGGCUCGGCUCCUCGCCUAAUUGAGCUUCGAGCCCCGCAGAAGCGGGACGAUGCCCAACCCUCGUUAAAUAGCCUGGGGAAUGAACUGAUCACCAUCAUCUUCGACAUGGUCUGUACUGAAAGUCCGAGAUCUAUGAAGAAUCUCGCACUGGUUAGUUCGCACUACUACCAUGCAACGCGGUAUGCUCAGCAUCGAGAGAUAUGCCUCAACAUAUCAGAGAGCAACAGAGAGCAGCUUCAAAAGCGGCUUGCAUAUAUCGUGAAAAGUGGAUUGUCGCCAGCUAUUCGACGCAUUGACGUGCGAGGUGACGAGCACCGUGAAAACGUCGAUGCCGUAGUUCAGCUCCUGCAAAAGACCACGGGAUUGAGGGACCUAGAAUGGUUGAACGACGGCCCCCCCGUUUCGUCGAUCGGUGUUCCUGAGCAGGUCAUUGCUGCCCUUCGCCCCAUGAAGCUGGUGCGCCUCCAUACCAAUCUCAAACAAGAGAUAGCCGUGCUACUUAAGCCGAUACCGAAAUUCAUUGCCCCUCUUCAGGCGGGGAGUGACAAUUUGUAUUCGAUUAGGAUGUGCUUGGCUACCAACGGAGAUGACAGCUGCAAAAAGAUGACCCAGAUCUUGAAGCGGAUACUCUUGUCCAGCCCCAAUAUUCGCAAGCUUGCCAUCGAUCUUGGCACUUGGAGACGUGGUUGUGUCAUACGCCCGUUGCGUAGAUAUGUCGGCCUUGGAUUUGUGGAUGGUGAGCGACCUCCAGCGCUAGAGGAGCUGGAACUGCAUCAUUACACUUUUGGGUAUGAAAUUCAGCCCGAAGAUAAAAUGCGAGGAUUCAGAGGCCUUGAAGAUUAUCCUGGCAAGGGCAGAGAGACGGAUUACUGGGUUGAGACAUUUGACUGGUCCAGAUUAAGAAAGCUAUGGACCCGAGACUGGCACUUUGCCUUGGAGCUGGCACCAAAGCUCAUUUCGCUUGACGAGGCCUCGCUUGGACGAGACACACAAUGGAGCGACUUUCCGGGGUUUUACAGGGCGGUCCCCAGUGUUCUCAGUACCAUCAUACUUCCCAGCUUUAUUUCACUAGGGGUCGAGGGAAUCAUUGAACAUGCUUCUAAACUGAAAUCUCUUCAUCUUCAUCAAGACCAGUCACAUCUCUGGGCAGAAGAAUCUAUCGACGCACCAUCCCUGCGCAAAAUUCAAGAGGAAUGUCCUCUUAUUGAGGAGCUGGAGCUUGAUAUCAACAGGAAAGAUGAUUGGCCGUACGAUAUUCUCGAUAUCAUUGCAGGGUUCCGGAAACUGCGAAGCUUGACAAUAUGGUUUGAGCUGUGCUUGCCUGGCCGGUCUGCUAUCUUCAUUCAGCCCCCCUUGACCUACUCUGCUGUCGAGAAAAUUCUUUCCGCCGCUGAAAGAGCUAAAAAUUCACUCCGGGACCCUAAGCUCAAGGCCGAGUAG